AUGAAUUCGAUGUUAAUUCUUGAUCAUACCCACACUCUCAACGCUUUCCUUUUUUGUUUUACUUUUAUAUUUGCCGUAAGUCAUGUCAUGCAUGUGUGAUAAUAAAAUUUUUUUAGAUAGUUUUCGUAAUAUGCUCGCUGUUUUCGAAGAACAAAGGUGUAAUUUGGUUUCUCAAAAGUAAGUUGUAGCAAAAGAAAAGUUUACGAUGUAUCUUCACUUAAAACCAACGUUUUGUUGUAGCGUUCCUUGUUCUUCUAGCGUUAUCGGCUGUAAUAAUUGAGGACGUAAGAUGCAACCUUCAAAAAAGUGGAUUCUUCAGAAUCGGUGAGUCAUUUUAAGCUUUAUUUUUGAAGAUAUUUGUGCAAAAAGUACAGCGUUUCAGUGCCAAAAAUUGGACACACUCUUUAGAGUCAAAAAUAAAUGUUUUGGCAUUUCAGUGCUCCUGGUCGAUUAUGUCUUUGUGUCGGUGGUUGCCACUCUUCGAUCACUUUUGCUGCCAGCCAACAUUGAAGCCAAAAAAACGGCUGUAAAAAAAUCUUCGCAACACCUCUGCACUCGCGAGGAUAUUCUGCUAAUGGCCACCGUCAUUCUACUUUCAAUUUUUGUUUUUAUGCUACAAGGAGUUGCAGAAUCAAAGCGAAUGGAUACUCUGCCAAUAGUGUGCGUUGUGAUGUUCUUUGGCGCUGUGCAUACAGCUGUGACAAUUGCAUAUACCUGCAGUAAUCGUCAAAGUGGGCAGAAUGCUGAUGAAUUUGAAAAAAUUGUGGAAAAUGAAAAUUCGAAAUUGGUAAGCUUUCGGAAUUAAAAAAAGGCCUUAUAUGUAUGUACAGUAGCUGCCAAUAUAUUUUGCGGGCCUGACUGCAUAUAGUGAAGUUUCUCAAUUUCAGUGUAAUCUUCGUGCAAUCGUGGAAUCGACGAUUUUACUCAGUCUUGGAGCAGUAAGUUCUUAGGAACUCAGACUUAUCUUUUGCCCUGCCACACUUCAAAUUCUUCUUUUCAGUUAUUUACUCUUGCCCGGUACACUGACUUAUUUCCAUGCCCUGGAAUCUACGAAAAUAUUUUCUUUGCAUUCAUGUUUGGUAAGCCGAUUUUGGGAACAGAAACGUUGAAUGAAUUCCUCGUGAUUUCUACCUGCUUUUAGGGCUAGCUGGAAUCAACGAUCACAUUGUUGACAUUGGAAACUGCAAGAGCUCAAAAGAUGACGCCCAAAUAGUUCAAAUUAUUUAG